AUGAUCCUUCCUCCUCCCUCCAGCCCUCAGCCAGCUCCUACUCUGCUUCUGUUCUCAGCUCUCAGCUCUCAGCUCUGGGAGUUCAAGGCAGCCCCCCUCUCCCCACUUCCCCUUGCCUGGUUCCUCCAAUUCCCACCCCCUUCCCCCCCCCCAUUCCCCUACAGAAUGUGGCUGCCCCUCAGCCAGGCCCCCUUCCCUCCCCCUUCCCCUACCCCAGCCCUAGGGGAGUGGCUGGGGAGGCAGACACGCGCAGCUAACACAGAAUACACGCUCUUCCACUCUGAGCUGGGGAGACACGCCCGGGCUCUCGACCCGGUAGAGGCAACAGCAGCGCAAUUGGGCCCUGGGGGCGGCCGCGUUUACGCUGCCCCCCCGCCCCACCGGUCCGGUCCUCACCUUACGCGGCCGUGCCGCCAGCCCGCCCGGUCCCUCCUCCGCUACACAGCCUCCGGCCCCCCGCCCCCCUGGGCAGAGCGGGGCCGGCUCUUGCCCUCCGGUCCCGGCGGAGUUGGGGAAUGGGGGCCCCCACCCCUGCCCGGACACUUCCUGUCCCCGGAGCGGGAGGGGCAGCAAACUGGAGGAAGGGCGGGAGUCCGGUCAUUGACACUAGAGAUGGGAAGGGGGCUGCCAAGAGAGCGGUCAAAGGCUGAGUGA